CUAUGGCUAUCAUGCCUAAACAAAAUAGAGACCGUAAAACCAGAGGACGUUAGACAGAAACCGGAUGGGUAUUUCUGUUCGAUUUUCUCAUCAUUAGCUUUGCUGUGUGAGGAUCUCCGAGUUCUGUGAUAAAUCUAGCUUGAUUUGUUUCUUCCAGUUUCACACUCACGUGCACAGCCGGCAGCCAUAGGCAUAGAUAGCCACAGGUUUAUUUCACGAUGUUUUCAGUAAGCGGUGUGAACGCUCAGCAGCUGGUCUUGCCCCUCCCUCACCUGGUGGCAGCUUUCCAUUCUCUGAAGGGGGGAGCAGAAACAACUGCUUUAAGAAGAAAACAACAGAGAACUCCACCAGCAGCUCCUUCCACGAAAAGGCAAAAGGCAGAGGAUACCAAAUUUGCAGAGAGCCUAUCAAAUGUAACAUUAAAUCUUGCAGAUGUUGGAGUAAGUUCCUUGCCCAAGGACUGGCUCAACUCUAUAUUACCCUCUAUCACCGAAGGAAGUAAUCUUAGGGACAGACUUCAACCUCAGUCCUACACUUCUGCAGAAUCAUUCUUCGAGAACAAACAUGGUUUCCCUGCUGCACAUCUAGCAAUUCCAACCUUUAACGAAAUCACAUCAUCAGCUGGUGGUUUGCAAUCGUUUCGUCAUUUCCUUGAUGCAAAUUGUUCUUCAUCACAUCCAUUGUUGUUUGAUCAAAGGAGAGGAUUCAAAACAAAGAGAGCAGCCUCGGCUACAGAGCUAACAACAAGAAAGUCCAAAGAAGAGGAUGUUGGAUUGACAGGUUUAUUUAGGAGAUUUACCUCAUCGAAGGACCCCAAGAAGAAGAAGUUCCGAGAGACGCUUGGUGAUGCCUUGUCCAGUCAUAAUGACCAUGUGGCCGACAAGGACUCCUUCAAGACAGGCUACUUGGAAGGCUACAUGCUGGGCAAGGAUGAAACCAAGAAAUCAGACCGGUUCAAGGGCUGGACAACCGUCCUCAUCUUCGGUGUGCUGGCCUAUCUCUAUGUCAAAAUGGUUUCAGUGUUUGCUCGGGUGUCAAUCAUUGGUAAUUCCAACGUAGACAGCAUGACUGUUGCAGAUGUUACUUUUGACGAUGUCAGAGGAGCUGAUGAAGCCAAGAAUGAAUUGCAGGAUAUUGUCAACUAUCUCAAAGAUCCAUCAAAGUACACUGUUCUGGGUGGCAAGCUACCUAAAGGUGUGUUACUCCAAGGCUCACCUGGAGUUGGUAAGACUCUGCUAGCCAGGGCUGUGGCAGGAGAGGCCAAUGUACCAUUCUACUAUGCAUCAGGCUCAGACUUUGAUAACAUGUUUGUCGGUUCAGGGGCAAAGAGGGUCAGAGAUAUCUUCACUGAAGCAAAGAACAGCAGUCCUUGCCUGAUAUUUAUUGAUGAGUUGGAUUCGGUUGGUGGCAAGCGAGUGGACUCUCCAUUGCACCCUUACGCUAGACAGACAAUCAACCAGUUACUCUCUGAAAUGGAUGGCUUCAAACAAAAUGAAGGAAUAGUUGUUUUGGCUGCCACAAACUUCCCAGAGUCUCUGGAUCCAGCUCUUACAAGACCAGGAAGGUUUGACAUGAAAGUAGUUGUGCCUAGACCUGAUGUCAAAGGUCGCCAAGACAUCCUCGACCUUUACUUAGGACAGGUCAAAGUAUCAUCGAAGGUGGAUGUAGAAACUCUUGCCAGAGGAACAGUUGGUUUCACAGGGGCUGAUCUUCAGAAUCUAGUGAACCAGGCUGCAUUGGAGGCUGCUAGGAAGGGCAAAGAAUCGGUUGAAAUGAAAGACCUUGAGUUCUCCAAAGACAAAAUCCUAAUGGGUCCAGAAAGGAAGAGUGCACAGGUUGACCCUCGGAACCGUAAGAUCACUGCCUACCACGAAGGAGGCCACGCCCUGGUAGCUGUCUUCACCAAAGAUGCCAAACCUAUCAACAAAGCAACCAUCAUGCCCAGGGGACCAACACUUGGCCAUGUCUCGCUUCUGCCUGAUAAUGACCAGUGGAGUGAGACCAAAUCCCAGUUACUAGCCCAGAUGGAUGUGUGCAUGGGAGGACGGGUGGCCGAGGAGCUCAUCUUCGGUCCCGAGAACAUCACGACGGGAGCAUCCAGUGACUUUGAGCAAGCCACCAGGAUCGCCCACCUCAUGGUCACCAAGUUUGGCAUGAGUGAGAAGGUUGGUGUAAUGACGUAUCAAGAUAGAGAUCCACUGGUAUAUGGAGACAGCAACAAGCUCAGCCCUGAAACUCAACUUCUCAUUGAGAAUGAAAUCAGAACGUUACUCAAGGACUCCUACGAAAGAGCGAGGACGAUCUUGAAGACCCGUAGCAAGGAACAUAACCUCUUGGCUGAGGCCCUCCUGCAGUACGAGACUCUUAAUGCUGUUGACAUUUCCAAGGUGAUCAAAGGUCAAAUGUUAGACAAAAGAUGAGAUGACCUCAAACAUCAUCAAGAACUAGAAAGUAAUCACUAUCCAAAUCAGGGAGAAGAACAAGGUAGAGAUAUUUAUGUCAGAUAUUAAUGUGCAAAGAUCAUGCAUGACUAGUCAUGUUUAUACAGCUUCUUAGCAAUUUAACCCCCAAAACACAAAGAUAGUAGACAUACAUGUAUGUAUUUAGAACCUGAAUUAUGGUAUAAUGCUCACACUUACAGACCAUGUACAUGUAUAUACUGCUGAGAACAAAAGUCUGUUACACCUUUUUACCUUGUACCUUAACAAGAUUUGACGCCUGUUGUCACUCGGCAGACUUUAUUGGCACUGUAUAUUUCUAAAGCGUUAUGACAUUGUUAAUGGCUCAAGGUUAAUCGCUGUAAGAACAUAGCAAUCAUGGGCUUUAAACCUUUGAUUCAGAUUAAUCUGACAAUACAGACCAAAUAGUUUAUAAUUUUUUGGUAUCCAGGUAGUUCAUAAAUGCUUCAAAUCAUGUACCUCAGUUUUGGAAACGUGUAAAGAAUGAUAAUAAUAGUCAUAUUUGUAUAGCGCUUAAUACAACUUAUAUCAGUGCUUUGCAUGGUAAUUAUUAUUACUCCGGUUAUUGGAUUCAAUUGCUAAUCUGCACAUGAUAGUGCACACGCUCUUCUCCAUGGAGAGUAUUCCAGCCAGGUUUCAUUUUACAAGCACACAUGUGGCAAUCCAAGCACAGUAACAAAUACAAGCCACAUAUUGUAUUGUAAGGAGAAAUCUGGGAGAAGUUUUAUUUAUAAAGGAUCCCAUGGCCCUUUUCACCAAGAAACACUUGUAGGAAACAACCACAUCUUCUUUCCUUUUUUAUUGAGGAGUAUUACAAAUAUUUCCAACUUAUUUUUUUUUAUCUCUGAUCAUCUGUUGAUGGUCAAGAGGGAAAUAUCUUUUAAAUACUUUGCCUAUUGUGCUACUAUUUUAUUAUAUGUGUUGAAAUAUGUAGGAACAAUGAAAAAAUCACAGUAGGGAGAAAGCAGUUCUUUUUAGCUGAUAUGAAUUUUUAUUGAGGGUAUUGAUUAUGCUCCUGUAUUUUAAGUAAGUAUUUUAAUGAGUAUUGUAAAUACACAAGACUACAUAUUAUGUGAGAAUGUUGUACAUGUAUCUUCAAUUCGGCUUCAUUUGUGCUUGCAAUUGAUUGCUAGUGGAAAAACCAGUGAAAAAAAGUUCACUGGGCUCGGGGCGAAGUAGCCCCCGAAAUGCCAAAAAGAGCCCCUGAAAGUCAUAAAAGAGCCCCUGAAAAUUUGCAUAGUGUUCAAUGCAGAACAAAUUAAAGAGUGUUAUUUUCAUGCAAGCAAGCUCGAAAAGUAGCCCCCGAAAUUUUUAAAGUAAUUUUUUUCCCUGGUAAAACCUGUUAACAUUUUUAGAUCAGAAACUUAUCCAAUUGAUAUGAAGAUCAGGAAUUUAAAUCCCAUUUCUUUAUUGGUAUUACCUGGUAUGCUUGGAACAAGUCUGAAUGACCUCGGACCUCCAAAUCAAAUCUGAUGAUGAACUUUGACACCACUAUCUGUAAAAUAAAUCAGUCUGUCAGAUUCUCUCCUCCUUCCCAUCCUGUGAAGGGAGCAUUAUAUUUGCACUGCUUGUUGUAUACUAAAUUUAAUCAGCUUCAUUUGAGUUUGCACUGUAAGAUAUAUCACAUCCUCUGCUCAAUGCCAGAAGGAUGUAAACUUGUAACUUAUCAUGCAGAGUUUAAUAGAGAUUUAUGAGUCCCAAGGGACAUUAUCGUUGUGGUUUGGCAAGCCUAAAAGUUUUUCUCUUCUUCGAACAAUAUUGCAAUUUGUGCAUAAAUUUCUUUAUUGCUGUUAUAAUGGUUUUAUGAGAACAGUUCUAGUACAUUACAUUAUAAAUGGACAUCCAAAUACUCAGAUAAAACUGAUUUCCACUUCUGUUGAUUCAAUAUGUAACGAUCCUCAUUGGAUACUAGUUUUAAGAUGUCUAGAUUUUGUGAUGAGAGUGUAUUAUAUUCUCUACAACCGUAUCUAAGUUAUAUGUCGUAUCAUUGUACCGCUUGGUAGCGUAUGCAUGAGGACACAUUAUCAGUUCACUGUUAUGUUGACAUUAUUUGAUAUGUACUUUAUAUCUACUGUGGACUGAAUUGCUUAAUUUACAAGGCUUUUCCAACGAGAAAUAAUCAUGUUAACAAACAGCACAUAUCUUAUAAACCAUGAGAAAUCUAUGGAUUUUAUGAAGCCAGAUUUGGAUUAAAAUCGUUUGAAGUCCAGUAUGUAUUACUCAUUUCAUGAACAAAUAAUCCGUUUGGAGCCAGAAUGGCUUUAAAUCAUAAACCAUUAUACCAUAAAACGCCUUUCUGGCUCCAAACAGACACAAUAUGUGUAUAUUAUCCAUGUUGUUUUCAAAGUUAAAGUCAUAAACAGCCCUUGAACAUGUAAUACUAUGGGAUAUAAUCCAAUAUUUUUGGUUGGCAAUAUAAAUGUGUAUGAUUGCUCUUCACAUGAACUGAUUUGUAAAACUUUUAUUUUUCUCUUCCAGUGGGUGAGAAAAUCAUGGAUAAACUUUACCAUAAGUGAUAUUUUUAUUGUUUUUAUUGUAGAGCUUGAAAAUGGUUCAUAAUGGGUUUGCAAAUCUGUCCGACAUUUACAAAUACUUUGCUACUUCUUCGGUAAUUAUAUGUUGUAUAUUCAUUUCACUUUUUUAAGAUCAUAGAAGCAAAAGGAUUGUGUUGGUGAUUAUACCGAUUAUAGGACUUAUUUGUCUCAUGAAUUUUAAGGAGAAUCAUUAGGAGCAAAUAACUCUAAUCCAAAUCUAAUCAGAUGGUAUAUUGGUAGUGAUUUCUCCUGGUAUAAUUGAUUCCUUAAAGGCUUAGUCCACUCCGAAAACAAUUUGCUUUAAAUAGAUGCAGAAAAACAAGAGAAACAGAGCCAAACAAAAA